UCCAGCCGCCAGCGCGUCCUGUCUUGUAGCGCCCGGAGGUCGUGGAGAUGGCGGCGUCGGGCCCCGCGCUCUGCCUCUUCGACGUGGAUGGGACCCUGACGGCCCCGCGACAGAAAAUUACGAAGGAAAUGGAUGACUUUCUACAAAAAUUGAGGCAGAAGACGAAAAUCGGAGUGGUAGGCGGGUCGGACUUUGAGAAAGUGCAAGAGCAGCUGGGAAACGAUGUGGUUGAGAAAUAUGAUUAUGUGUUCUCAGAAAAUGGCUUGGUGGCCUACAAAGAUGGGAAAUUCUUGUGUAAACAGAAUAUCCAAGGUCAUCUGGGUGAGGCCCUAAUCCAAGACGUAAUCAACUACUGUCUGAGCUACAUAGCAAAAAUUAAACUCCCGAAGAAAAGGGGAACUUUCAUUGAAUUCCGAAAUGGGAUGUUGAAUGUAUCCCCUAUUGGAAGGAGUUGUAGCCAGGAAGAACGAAUUGAGUUCUACGAGCUGGAUAAAAAAGAAAAUAUACGACAAAAAUUUGUAGCAGACCUGCGGAAGGAGUUUGCGGGGAAAGGCCUCACGUUUUCCAUAGGAGGCCAGAUCAGCUUUGAUGUCUUUCCUGAGGGGUGGGACAAGAGGUACUGCCUGAGACACUUGGAAAAUGACGGUUUUAAGACCAUAUAUUUCUUUGGAGACAAAACCAUGCCAGGUGGCAAUGACCACGAGAUCUUCACAGACCCGAGAACUGUGGGCCACACGGUCACAGCCCCCGAGGACACACGCAGGAUCUGUGAGGAGCUGUUCCCAUGCUAGCAGAGACCAACCUGAGGUCACUCCAGGCCAAAUCCCGGAGCCCCCAGCCCCUAGGCCUGCCGCUAGUUCACCAGCCACCUCCACCCCCAACAGUCUCCACCUCCAAUGCCAGCAGCAGCCAGGAGAGACAUGGAGAACAGCAGUAGACGGGGCAUGGCUUUGGUGGAGUACUGGCACAUGCAAAAAAAAUGCUUAAAAGAAAAACUCCAAGAAGACGGUCCCCCUAUCCCCCAGUCUGGCAACGGUUUUUGUUUCUUGUUUUACUUCAUGGUAAGAGUAUCUGGGUCCUCCCUCUUUGCAUUGACACCAAAAGUGGAGACUUGGAGGUGGGAAGGGAAGGACACCAACUGCAGUGACCCACCCAGGACAACGAACACUUCCCACAGCCUGACAGAGGCCUGGCAGUGUUAGCCAGAUGGCUGGACGCACCCAUUUCCAGCCCCUUCCUGUUUAUGAGCCACAGACCUCAGAGGGGCCUGCCACACAGCUGGCUGGCUGAAGACACUGAUCCCACACAGGGUGCAUCUAGGCAGACCCAACUCAGGCCCAGGCUGCUGUCCAUGGAGCGGGGAGGACAGAGGACCAGGG